CUAUCUUUUAUAUAUAUACAUAUGCUGCUCCGUGGUUGCUACCAGGCUCCCAUGGUUACCGCCCUGCUACUGCCUAUUCCAUCGCUCUUGCCUUAAACCUAAGGGAACAAUAACUUCUUCGCUUCCUCUGAUUUUCCAUGUCCGGUUCCCCUCCUCUUUUCUUUUCUUCCGCUGUCAACGGCCCGUCGUGACAGUUCCACCGUUGGUUACAUCUAUAAGCGUGCUCUCUUCCUUCAUCCAAACGCUGCUUUAGAUACCAAUCCUUCACUCAUUUCUCUUCUCUUCGUCCCCGUUCUUUCCUCCUUCGCCAUAAGUCAUGUCGCUCAACAUGCUAGACCAAUCCAACUACGCUCGACAUGGUCUGCCUAUGCCAGAAGGCGUCAGCCCCGGCCUCUCCUCCGCCUUGCAGGGUGAUUUCUUGGGCUUGUCUCUCCCCGAAGAAGAAAAUCAUUGGGGUCUCAGUCCCAUCUCACCGUGGAAUGGCAAGCACGAGCAGGCCUUCACCAACCCCAAUUUGGAGAGGGAUUUCAAGAACUCUCGUGUUCGCAAUGGCCAACCUACUCCUCCUCCAUAUGAUGACACCCAUACGUCCCAAGAAUUCUAUCCGCCUUUGCCUCAGUAUCAUCUUGGGGCUUCUCCCCCGACAUUCCUUGACCACGGUCAUCGUCGAAGCUACAGCGAGCACUCGGGCUAUGAGGACGAUCAGUCUUACGCCGGUAGUAGCAGCAACAGCAACAAACGACGUAGGACCUCCAGAUCGUCUGCCAUUGACUUUGACGACUCUCACCCGGACCGUGCCAAACGCGAGAAAUUCCUCGAACGGAACCGUUUGGCUGCGAGCAAGUGUCGCCAGAAGAAGAAGGAACACACUCAGCAGCUUGAAACCCGCUACAAAGAGCAGUCUGACAAGAAGGAGUCACUUGUGUCGGAGAUUGCUCGUUUGCGUCAUGAGAUUCUAGGUCUCAAGAACGAAGUGCUGCGGCAUGCUCAGUGUGGAGAUGAACCCAUCAAGCUCCAUUUGGCUCAGAUGGUCAAGAGGAUCACCUACAACGACACCAGCACGACGGCGGCCGAGUUGUCUGAUGCAGCGGAUGCCGUGUCGACCUCGGAGGAGCCGUCUACUCCAACAGUCCAGCAGCAACCUCAGCAGAGCCAGCAGCAGGGUGUCAUGUCCUUUGGUUUUGACGAUGCUUUGCAGCCUGCGGUCUUGGAGCAGCAGAUGCGUCGAGAUUCCGAAGCAUCUCUGGUUUCGCACCCGUUUUCUUCUUCGGAGGACAACUUUGACGACUUGAUCAAUGUCUGAUGCGUUGAAUUUUGCUUUACGUGAUACGAACUUUUCUUUGAUCUCGAUUGAACAAAAAGGGUGGUUAAUUUUGUUAUUUUUAGCAAGGCGCGGGUGGAUUUUGUAUCUCUUAUGAUUGUUUCUGGGUUCUUUAGCGAGGGUUGAGGCGUCUGGAGUUUGGGAACGGAGGCUUGUUUUUAGUCUUAUACCGCCAUGAGUGAUGGAAUGAACGAUCACGUUGCUUGAUUGCUGGGUUAACCAUACAUAGUAUGAAUUGAAUGACCAACCCUGGUUACCCGAUGGUUUUAUGUCGAGUCUCCACAGUAUA